ACCCUUGUGAGGAUAGGCGGCUCAGAACAUGGACGGAUGGAAUGUAUAUUUAAAAAAGGCACGCUCCUUUUGUUGUGUUUUCAAACAUAGGGCAGGCGAUUGUUUCUCUCCACUCUCCACCAACCAGAGAGAAGUUAGACAAUGAGGCCCCCUCUACUCCUUGGUGGGGCCCGGUUUUAAUUAAACCAUCGUAGAAUUGAAUUCACUCUUGAUAUGUUUUUUUUAGAAAACAAAAGUAGUUUAUAAAAGACCUAUUAUUGAUCGAAUACACGUUAAAAUAUUUUAAAACAAGUACGUCUGUGUUUCAUUUCAAAAUUUCUAGUCAGGCGUUAAAGGAGGCCGCCCUCCGGGUCUUUGCAUCAUCAUCGCAGUUGACAUUUCACGUUGCGCCCUCUCCAAUAACACAACAACGAUGAGGAGGUAAAAGAGCACAAACGGACUCGGAGAAGAUUGAUUUUAUUCCUCCUGUUUGGUCGGAGGUUUGGCGGGUGGCACAGGGAGGAUGUCUCAACUUUUCCGGCUUCUCUCGGCGGCGGCCGCCGGUCGGCGUCUGUGCUGCCGGGCUGCGCUUGUCACGACUCGGCUGGACGCCGUAGCGGCAGGACGUCGCUUGAUUGUCGGCUACACAGGCUUCGCCGUGCCGCCGAGCGCGUGUCGAGCUCGGGGCGACCUCCUGUCCACGCGCAGCUUCCGGCUUGCUCAGCGACGUCUUGAUUCCAGUGAGCCCAAAGAUGGGAAAGGAGAAAGCGGAGGAGGACGAGGAGGCCGGGCAGGAGGCGGGAAGAGAGGAGGAGGAGAAAAGAAGGACUGGUGGAGUCGAAUGCAGAAGGGCGACUUCCCGUGGGACGAGAAGGACUUCCGCUACCUGGCCGUCACGGUGGCCGGCGCCGCCUCCGCGCUGCUCUACGUGUACUUCCGCGACAACGGCCGGGAGAUCAGCUGGAAGGACUUUGUGCACCGCUACCUGGGCCGCGGCAUCGUGGAUCGUCUGGAGGUGGUCAACAAGCAGUACGUGCGUGUCAUUCUGGUGCCUGGCGGAGACACCAAAGGGACCUACGUGUGGUUCAACAUCGGCAGUGUGGACACGUUCGAGAGGAACCUGGAAACGGCCCACUUGGAGCUCGGCAUGGAGGCGUCUCGCCGGCCCGCUGUGGUCUACAGCUCCGAGAGCGACGGGUCUUUCCUGAUGAGCAUGAUUCCCACGCUGCUCCUCAUCGGCUUCCUGCUCUUCACCCUGCGCCGCGGACCCAUGGGGGCGGGUCCUGGGGGCGGCAGGGGCGGGCCCUUCAGCAUGAGCGAGUCCACCGCGAAGAUGAUGAAGGACAACAUCGAAGUCAAGUUCAAGGAUGUGGCGGGCUGCGAGGAGGCCAAGCUGGAGAUCCUGGAGUUUGUCAACUUCCUGAAGAACCCGCAGCAGUACCAGAACCUCGGAGCCAAGAUCCCCAAGGGUGCUGUGCUGUCCGGGCCUCCCGGUACCGGGAAGACUCUUUUAGCCAAAGCCACGGCCGGUGAGGCCAACGUUCCCUUCAUCACCGUCAACGGCUCGGAAUUCUUGGAGAUGUUCGUGGGCGUCGGUCCCGCCAGGGUGAGGGACAUGUUCGCCAUGGCGAGGAAGAACGCGCCGUGCAUCCUCUUCAUCGACGAGAUCGACGCCGUGGGGCGCAAGCGAGGUGGCGGAAACUUCGGAGGUCAGAGCGAGCAGGAGAACACGCUCAACCAGCUCCUCGUCGAGAUGGACGGCUUCAACACGGCCACCAACGUGGUGGUCCUGGCCGGAACCAACAGAGCCGACAUCCUGGACCCGGCGCUCAUGAGGCCCGGACGCUUCGACAGGCAGAUCUACAUCGGUCCUCCCGACAUCAAGGGGCGGGCGUCCAUCUUUAAAGUGCACCUGCGACCCAUCAAGUUAGACGCCGGCAUCGACAAGGACACGCUCGCCCGGAAGAUGGCCGCAGCCACGCCCGGAUUCACCGGAGCCGACAUCGCCAACGUUUGCAACGAGGCGGCGCUGAUCGCGGCGAGACACCUGGGCCGGCACGUCGAGCGCACGCACUUCGAGCAGGCCAUCGACAGGGUCAUCGGAGGUCUGGAGAAGAAGACACAGGUGCUUCAGCCUGACGAGAAGAAGACCGUGGCGUACCACGAGGCGGGCCACGCCGUCGUCGGCUGGUUUCUGGAGCACGCCGACCCGCUGCUCAAGGUGUCGAUCAUCCCCCGCGGGAAGGGCCUGGGCUACGCGCAGUACCUCCCUCGCGAGCAGUACCUGUACAGCCGCGAGCAGCUCUUCGACAGGAUGUGCAUGAUGCUGGGCGGCCGCGUGGCCGAACAAGUCUUCUUCGGCCGCGUCACCACCGGAGCGCAGGACGACCUCAAGAAGGUCACGCAGUCCGCCUAUGCGCAGGUGGUUCAGUUCGGGAUGAGCGACAAGGUGGGCCAGGUGUCGUUCGAGCUGCCGCGGCAGGGCGAGAUGCUUCUGGAGAAGCCGUACAGCGAGGCCACGGCCGAGCUGAUCGACGACGAGGUCCGGGCCCUGGUGGAGCGGGCGUACGCGCACACGCUCCUGCUGGUCCGCGACAAGAAGGACCUGGUGGACCUGGUGGGCAAGCGUCUGCUGGAGAAGGAAGUCUUGGACAAGGCGGACAUGUUGGAGCUGCUGGGCCCGCGGCCCUUCCGGGAGAAGUCCACGUACGAGGACUUCGUGGAGGGCACGGGAAGCUUCGAGGAGGACACCAGCCUCCCCGACGGCCUGCGAGACUGGAACGGCCGGCGCGGGCCCGACGACGCUCGCGACGAACAGCGGGCCGGCUAGACUCUGCGCGCUGAUUGGGCCGGAUCGACCCCGCCUCUGAACGUGAGCCCCGCCUGUCGCCGUCAUUGUCGUGGAGCGUUUUUGUAUUUCUUCACCGUCAGAGGGAGACGUCCUCGCGCACCAAGCGCUCUCUGACGGCACGUGACAUCAGCGUGAACUCUUAAGACAAAGAAUUUUAAUGCGAAAGGAGACGUAUUAUGCCCCCCCCCCCCCCCCCUCUCAAAAGGCCCCAUGGAUCAAGAAUUAUGGCCGCAUACAGUGGACCCUCGCAUAUUCGCAGCUCGGCACCUGCGGACCUUUUUCUUUUUGUUUUGCUUAAUGGCAGUAUAUCCCCACUUUUCAAGGAUGUUUUAGGUUACCAUUAAAAUAAUUGCAAUUAUCAAAUCCAAUUGUAGUGGCCAUGAAUUUUGCAGUCGGGGUCCAUCGUAUUUCUUGCCACAGGGAAACGGCUCGUUUUAGGGGCGGUUCCGUGUCGUCCAGGCCGGAUUUCGUUCGGUGGGCGGAAUCGUUUGAGGCCGAGUAAACGCUCAUCUGUGCUAACGAUGCAGCUCUGCUUACCUUUUGACUUUGACACAAUAGUGUUUCACCCAAAGUGGUUCUUUAGUUCUGGAACUUGGUCAUGUCCGCAUCAUCAUGUCAUUGGCUGAGACACUCAGGUGGGUGUGGUUCAUAUGUAAAUUGACCUCAGUGUGAUGUCACAAUUGGGCAACGUUGAGAAGGGACCGCUCACAGACAUUUUUCAGAAAUCAUCACAUAACAAUAAAGAUUGACUUCACACUUGA